AUGGUGUCGUAUCCAACUGAAUAUAACGUUGUCUAUGUUGAUCGUCGGGCCCGACAGGAUAGAAUACAACCCCGAGAAGAUUCGCUGCCAUCACCAAUCUCCUCUGGGCCUGAGUCUUACGACGGAAGUGAUGGAAUUCAAGAUGAACACGAGGAAGUGAUCCAGAACUUACAAUGCCUACUCUCAGUCUUCAACUCCGUUUCUAUCUGUGUAUCUGGUCCUUCAUGCAUAUCAUUACUUUCUGAGGUGGACAAGAACGAUCCAUCGCCCACUUUGGUCUUGCUGGAUAUUCCCUGGGACUCUCAACCUGCUGGCGAAGAAACUGAUAGUUAUGAAGGAAGACACGACUCUGGGGUGGAUGCUGGCCCUGGUGACAAACUCUAUGGUCUUCCACUUCUCAAAUUUAUCUGCGUUGAGAUGGAGAAUAAGCGCAUGUCGGGGUUGGUUGUGCCUAUUGUGUUUUUGACCAAUCCUGAAUCUUCGGUUGGCAGCGCAGGACAAAGCAAUGGGCAGAAAUAUUGGAACAACGGAAAAGAACCAAUUUUUCAAGGACGGGAGUUAGAAUGCAUUGACUUUGGAGCUGUCGAUGUUUUAACGAGUCCUCUUCCCAAGGAUAGGGCAAAGACGUUAUAUAUGCAUUGCCAUCGUGCUAGGAGAAACAUUCAAAAAUCGAGAAAGGUUUCAUGGGUUGGUGUGGAUGAACGCUCAGAUGAGCAAAAAUCUGCACGGGAAACAAGCGAAUAUGCUUAUUUAAGGGAGAAAAUGGUAUCGGAGUUAAUGAUGGAUAUCUGCAAACCAAAGAAAACGGUGUUUAUUCACCGCGGAAAUCAACCGAAAAUAUUACCCGCUCGGAUUGAAGAGAUCAAGCAAGCAAUUAGUAGCUGGAACUUUUCUGCACACGACUUCAGCGACGAGGAACUCGUUUACUCGGCCCUACUAAUGUUCGAACACGCUCUGCAAAUGCCAGAAGUUCACGAAUUCCGACUUCCUACUGAGCGAAUCAUGGAUUUCUUAACCGCAUGCCGAGCUUCGUACAAUCCAAAAAUUCCUUACCAUAACUUUAGGCAUGUCGUAGACGUUCUUCAGGCUGUUUUCUACUUCUUGCUACAGUUGAGGGCUCUGCCUUCGUUCACACCUGAUGACCCUAGUGUCGGAAAUUAUUUGCCUCCAAAUUCCCUGAGCAACACCCUCACCCCUCUUGAUGCUCUCACUCUACUUGUAGUUGCGAUUGGCCAUGAUGUAGGUCAUCCUGGCGUCAAUAACGCGUUUUUGGUCACCCUGAAGGCCCCACUUGCGCAGGUGUACAAUGACAAAUCCGUAUUGGAGUCUUUUCAUUGUGCAGCAUUCUCUCAGGUUUUGAGAAAAUAUUGGCCAAAAUGUUUGGAGUUGAGAAAGGCAAUGAUUGACAUGAUCCUAGCAACGGACAUGGGUCUUCACUUCGAAUACAUGGGAAAGCUGGAUAAGAUGAGGAAAAUGUUCGAGAAAGAUGGUAGUUCCGAGUCUUGGGACAAGAAAACAAUCUCUGAGCAUAAGACCUUAAUAUGUGCCCUCCUAAUCAAAUGUGCAGAUAUUAGCAAUGUGGCACGCGUUCACGAAUGUUCUGCACAAUGGGCGACCAUCUUAAUUGAUGAAUUUUCUAGACAGGCCUCCAUGGAAACCGAUCUCAAAAUACCUACAUCACUCGUUGUCCCGCCAGUUACUGGAUCAGUGCUUGCUUUGGCAAAGUCACAGGUGGGAUUUAUGAGUUUGUUUGCAGUACCAUUAUUUCAACAAUUGUCAGACGUGCUACCAGAAAUGAAAUUCAGCGUAGAUGUGUUGAAGGAAAAUAAAUCUAAAUGGGCGGCGAAGAUUGAAACAUUUGCCCCCAAUUCGGACAACAGGUUGAGUGGAAAUGGCUCAUCUAAGCAGUUUCUCACUACCGGGGUGGGAAGCUCCCCAGACGAAGAUGGCAACAGGAAUGGAAACACUGGCGUGGAUAAGCUGAGGAACAACUCAACGACACACCAGCAAUCCGUACUAGGGCCUGUUCUCAUGGAAUCUGAACAUCAUGUUCACAGCCGCGUGCCAACCCGGGUAGACUCGCAAAGAUCAGUACAACAAUGUUUGUCAACAGACUCGGCUGAACAGCCAAAAGUCAAAGUAGUUGUAACGCAACCAAAUCAACCCUUAUCGACCAACGGCAAUGCCCUCAAGCCUUCAGGCGAGAAAAGGCCAACCUAUCAGCAUUCAUCCGAACAUCUGUCGGCACAAAAGCCAACCGAAUCAGCCAUCAUAGACAGGCCAAGAUCAUCUCCACCCGACCUUGGAGAUUCGAGUGAUCACUCAUGCACAAAAGGAUGCUGUGGUGCUACAACAAACGUUGUAAUUGAGAAUACGGUUGCGCGCCGCCCCUCGAGUUUUUUCAAGAAGGUCAAGAGCUGGAGGAGCAGGAGAAAGGAUCACAGUAGUGAUGCCUGA